AUGGCAUUCACAUCAAAGGCAUCCCAGCAUCAAGCUGAACAAACAGUGAAUAAGUUAUUUGCAGAUAUACUACAUACCCAACCUACAACAAGCACAAGCACAAACAACAAGGAUGAUGCAAAACUUUCAUCCACACAAAUCCUAACCAACCAACUCCACCGAGGCCCCAAAUCUACAAGAGCCAACCCCAAGUCUCAAUCAAAAAAUAAACGCAGCACAUUGCAAAAAAAAAACAAAAAACGUGAAUCUCAAGAUAAAAAAUUUGAAAAAUUCAUAAAGUACAAUCACAUUCUAUCGAAACCCGCCUCACAACAAACUGAGUCUGACAAAGCAUACUUGCGGAAACUAGUUCGCAAAAACACAAACCAGAUUAAAAACUUGUCCCACAUUGACGAUUUCGAAGUUGAGCUGGAGUUGCAAUCGGUUAAAUUGCAAUUAUUGAAUGAUUUACAACCGACUUUGCUGCUGCUGAAGCGGAGAUUGCGCAAGAAAUUGCUCGUCCCAAACAAAAAGAGUGAGCAUGGUGAAGGGGAUGGUGAUGCUGUGACUAAACAAGAGUAUAUUGAUUUUGACGACAAGGUCAAACGCGGGUUGAUUUCUAUGCCAGGUUUGACGCCAGGUUUGGCCCCAGUUGACUACAACGAAUCAGAAUCAGAACCAGACACCUAA